AUGGGCUUGAACGACUACAUACCCCAUCUCCCACUUAGGUUCUGGGAACGUAUACGAUUUCCGAACAAGUUCACGCGAGAUCUCGCCUGGGGACUGGUCAUAGGGGUAACACUCUCAUUAUCCUCGACAUCUUUUGCUUUACUAUUUCAAGAUUGGAGACGGAAGAGAGCUAUAGCUAGAAUACCUCCAAGACCCAUAGAGAUCAGGAGCGACGAGAUAGUCAAUGGAGUCAUCGGAUUGAUAGGUAAUACACCGUUGAUAAGGAUAAAUUCAUUAAGUGAUGCUCUAGGGGUGGAGAUACUGUACCUCAAUCCAGGAGGCUCGGUGAAAGACAGAGUCGCACUGAAAAUCAUCGAGGAUGCAGAAGCACAGGGUGUAUUGCAUCCCAACACGGGCUCAGUGUUGUUCGAGGGUACGGUGGGUAGUACAGGUAUAUCUUUAGCAACCGUUGGCAAAGCAAAAGGGUAUGAAUGCUGUAUCAUCAUGCCAGACGAUGUGGCUAUUGAGAAAGUACAGGUUUUAGAGAAGCUAGGUGCAAAGGUAGAGAGGGUCAGACCAGCCAGUAUAGUGGAUGAGAAACAGAACCUAGCUAGGAAGAGAGCACUGGAAUUCGGUAAUACCCCGUUGAUCGACCCCCCCAAAUCAGAUCCAGAAGUUGUCGUCUCGACCAAAGCCGACUCAUCCGAAGUAGGACAUGAAGUUAAUUCGUCGGAACCCCUGAUUCCCUCGAUCAGAUUGCCGGAAUUGCUCAAACCUGCACUGGAAACUAAACCUCGAGGGUUCUUCGCCGACCAAUUUGAGAAUGAAUCUAAUUUCUACGCUCAUUAUAAAGGUACUGGACCGGAAAUACUGAGACAGACAAGUGGGAACUUGGAUGCGUUCGUCAGUGGUGCUGGAACAGGCGGGACCGUCGCGGGAACGGGAAUGUUCUUGAAAAAAGCUUUGCCUGAUUUGAAGAUCGUCUUAUCUGAUCCGGAAGGAUCUGGGCUAUAUAAUAAGGUGAAAUUCAACGUGAUGUUUGAUACAAAAGAGAGAGAAGGAACCAAGAGGAGGCAUCAGGUCGAUACUGUGGUAGAAGGUAUUGGGAUCAACCGAGUACGUCGGACUUGUCCAGAGCAGAAUGAAACACUGACCCCUUUGCAGAUCACACAAAACUUCGCACUUGGAUUAGAUGUAAUCGAUGAUGCUUAUCGGAUAUCGGAUGCAGAAGCGGUCGCGAUGUCGCGAUAUCUCGUAGUCCACGACGGACUAUAUCUCGGCUCGUCUAGUGCAUGUAACCUUGUCGCUUGUGUCAGAUUAGCAAAGACCCUCGGAAGAGGUAGUCGUAUAGCAACGAUACUGUGCGAUUCGGGAUCCAGACAUCAGAGUAAAUUCUGGUCGGACGAAUAUCUCAAGGCGAACGAUAUACCUAUAGAUCCAAGUAUAAUUGGUCGCUUGUUAGAAUCAUAA